AUGAUGAGCGGCCUGACGUCUUCCUCGCGGGAGGAGCUGCUGCGGUUGGAUGAGCAGCGAGCGGCAGUUAUGAGGCAGAUAGAGGAGGCGAUGGCGUUUCUCAACACAACACCGGUGGGAUUGAAUGGUCCUCUCGUUGACGGGGAGGGCUUCCCGCGUAAUGACUGUGACUUGUAUGCCGUACGUCGAGCUCGGCAGGCGGUGAUCUGCGGGAGAAACGAUCUCAAGGCAUUGGAGAAUUCCAUGCACGAAAAGCUUGCCUUGUUGCACGAGGAAAACCAGGAGGAGGCAACGAAACAGAUGGAAAGAGAUAACGAGGCGCGGCGGAAAGGCAAAUCUGACGCUUUGCAACGUGAGCA